UUAAAUUUUAUUUACGAUUCCACGCCGGCGAGAAGCAUUUAUUCCGAGACGAAAUUACAUAUUCAGAAAAUAUAGUUAUAAGACUUAUCUUAUCAUAAACGAUUAGCUUGGAAACGGGAGUAUUUAUACCAGUUCAGUGAGCGCUGGUCGUGUAAAAGUUACAUAUGUGCCCAAACUUUACGUUUGUACUCUGUUGUGAGCAAUGUUUCUAUAAUAAAGUAGAAUUAACGAACAACGAGCGUUUGGUAUCGAAAGACAGUGGAAAUAAUUAACUUUGUCGAUCGGUUAUUUGCGAUGGAACUACGAAAAGAAGAACCGCGGACCUCGGGACGUUCAAAGUAAACGCGAAUGUGUCGUUUAAGAAGUCGACUUGAGUUUUGAGGAGACAAGACUUUAAACAUAAGAAAAGAUGAGCAAUAGUGACCUGUGGGUACGCGAUAUAAUCACGAAUUACGGAUUCGUGUCGUUCGUUUUCACUUACGCGAUAUUUUGGAUAUCGUCCAAAUGGUCCGAUCUACAGAGAAGCGUUUACAAGUCCUGUCUGACAGGAUUCGAAGUAGAAUGCGCGGAACUUUCGUCGCAAUAUAAGAAAAAUUUGUUCGAAUUGCUGCAGCAUAUUAUUUCCAAUGACAGCAGACUACGGUCAAUGGGUUGCAUUCGUGUACUAGAAAUUGGUGUUAAAACUGGUGAAAAUAUACAAUUUUAUCCGGAUAAUACGCAUUUGAUUUGCGUUGACCGUAAUCUGAAACUGGCCGAUUAUCUGAUAAACGGAAAUCGUUCCUGGCAGUUUUCGCAUAUUAUUAUCGAACGACUGAUCGUUGGCGAUGGCUGUUCCCUGAAAGAUGUAUCAACAGGGCAUGUUGACGUGGUUGUAACUACAAGAUCAUUGUGUUCAGUGACCUCGAUAGAAUCAACGCUUCGAGAGAUUCACAGAGUCCUGGCACCGGGUGGUCAAUAUUUGUUUAUAGAACACGUGCCUGAGAGCAAAGGUAUUUUCAUACGAUGGUUACAGAAAGUAUUAUCACGGACAGGAGUAUGGCCUUCGUUCUUUGGAGGCUGUCACCUGGAUUUCGAUCCUAUAGCGCACAUUAAAAAUGUUGGCUUCGAUCGCAUCACAUGGGACACAUUUACUCUCGAAGGCUACGUGUCCCAUACGUUUCAACUGAUUCUUUCGAGGGAGCAUAUACUUGGCGUAGCCGUUCGAUAGUUAAAAAUCUAUUAAAAAUAUAUAUAUCGAUUUCCUAAUAAAAUUUGUAUAAAACAUCAAAUCUGUUUUCGAUUACCUUCCUGAAUUCCGUUAUU